AGGUACCGUGAACCGGCGGCGCACGAGUAGUUCACUUCUGUUCGGUGCGGUGUCGCGGUGAUUUUGAGGGGACAGAAGAGAAAGAAAGGGAGAAAGAAGAAACAGGGGACCAGGGGAAAACGGGAGAAAAGAACGGUGCUCGGGACUCGCACAUCGCUCGAUCUUCGAGGGUGCGAGAGACCAGCCAGAGAAAUAAGAAUUUCGGUGUGCAACUUGGAUCCUUGUUAAGAAAAAAAAAAAAAAUAAAAAAGAAAAGAAAACGAUAGUUAACGAUAGUUUGUCGAUCGGUAGUUUUUAGAUCGCGAUCUGCCGAACCCGUGUUCACCACGGGACGUCCCCGUCGAGAGACGUUACGCUAUUCUUUCGAAGAGUGAGACCGAAGGUUCAUCGACUCUAAUAACAGUUCCACGGGAAGAUCUCGAAGCACGAUUACAACCGCGACACAAAAAAUUUUCGAAUCGAAUCGAAACCGGCCACGCGUCCAUCCGGAAGAACACGUCGCCGGACAGCAUCGUCAGGGUCGUCUGCCGUUGACGACCGUCCUGGAUAGGAAACGGAAAAAGACUGCCGACAUGUCGGCCUUGAACGCCGGGCCUUGUCGACCCGGGAUUAUACUCUGUUUGGCUGUUCUACUGGCAUCGCAAUCCAAUUCUGCGCCUGUAUAUGACCAGGAUACCACACAAGUAGCAGAAUACGAUGGAGCCACAGCUGGGUGCUACUAUAACUUUCAACACUAUGCGGAAGGCGAUAGAAUCAUAACGAACGAACCAUGCCUGAACUGCACGUGUCACAAUCGAAUGCUGAUGUGUUACUUGAGGGUUUGUCCCUUCACCAAGGCGAUUGGCCAAGACUGCACAGUUGAAAAACGCCCGGAUCAGUGUUGUCCUGUCAUCACCUGCCCAGAAGUGCCGGUACAACUGUUGACCUCGACUACUAGCGCGCCAGCAAUUUCCGGUUCUACGGCGGUCGGUUUCCACGACAAUUAUGGAUGCAAUGUUGACGAUCGAUUCUACGCGGAUGGUGCCCAAUUACCCACCGAUCCUCAGAAUCCUUGCGAACUCUGCUAUUGUAUCAGGAAUAGGACUACUUGCGUCAUGCAGGAGUGUACUUUACGUGUGGCUGGAUGUAAGCCUGUUUAUCAACCGGGAAUUUGUUGUCCUGUCAAAUAUAAUUGCGAAUACGACGAGGAACUCGCCACGACGGUUGAACCAACGCCCGGUCUAAUUAUGACUACCACGAUGGCCCCAGGAGCAACACCGCAGUGCUACCACGAAGGAAAAGUUUACGAGGACGGUGACUUGAUCUACUCGACCCAGCCCUGUCAGCAUUGCUAUUGUUUCCGCGGUGACAUCGCAUGCGCUGUGCAAGAUUGCGGAACACCGAUGAAAACUCAUGGAAAGAAUUGUACAGCCUUACCACCGCCGGAAGGAGAGUGUUGCCCGACCACGUAUCAAUGUGAAGAUGGACAUGGUGGACUCGUUACAUUACCUAGAGGCGAGGAAUCAUCUACUGAGGAACGCGUUCCAGAGACUACAGUUGCAACUGUGACAACAGCUGAGAAAGAAGCACUGCAUCCUGAAACAACAGAAGAGACCUUCCCAGGUUCUGACAAUGUCAUUCCUCAAGAUCACGAAAUUGUAACCACUCAAGAGGCAGUUGAAAGCGCGCCGUCUACAGAAGAACCUAAAAAAGAAGAAGUUCCUUCUCUAGAAGAAACCGCUGCUCCAGAAAUUCCAACAACUCAAAAAGAAACUGAAGGUACUGCAGCAGUGACAGAAGCAUCUAGCGCAGCACCAAAAUUAACCGAAUCUCCCGAGGGAGCAAAGGCCGCAGCGACGGAAGCACCAUCCGUAGAAGAAAAGGGCGAAGAAAUGGCUACUACACCUGCAGAAGAAACUACUCAAGAAGUCACCGAAAUAUCAGUUCCAGAAGAAGUACCAGAAUCGUCACCAAAACUGGAGACUACGCCCCAAGAAGUAACUACGGCAAGAGGGGAAGAAAGACCAGAGGUAGUUACUGAACAAGCAAUGCCAGAAGAAACACACACUCAUAAAGUGCCUGAAGAAACACAACCUGAAUUGCCAAGCGAAGAGAAACCAACGAAAGAAAGUGUGACUGUUUCGGAGAAAGAGCCAAGUGUUACUGAAGAGACAGUACCUACAGAGGAGCAUCCAGUGGAGGAAGCUAAGAUGCCUACGCAAGCACCAGAGUUUCCAAGCGAAGCACCAGAAGUUCUCAGCGAAGAAAAGGGAACAUCUCCAGUUUAUGGAGCAGAAGCGACAACAGUUAAAAUAUUGGGCGAAGAGGAAGUAACUGAAACAGUCAAAACGACUAAAACUCCUGCCACUGAAUCAGAACAGAGACUGUCUACGGAGGCACCCAUUGAAGAGAAACCAGAAGAAGCCGCAACACCUGGGAUUGAAAUAACAACUGAGAAACCAAUUGAAGAGGUUCCAAGCACAGAACAAGUUCCUCAACAACCUGAGCAAGUUUUCGAAGAAGAAAAGGAGAAACCAAUGGAAGUGAGCACGGAACAAUUACCUACAGAAGUGCCUGCAGCGCCAGUAGAACACGGUAUAGAAGCAAUACCUACAGAAGUUCCAGUCGAACAGAAAACAGAACUCCCAGUAUUUGGACACAAGGUUCCUGAAAUGCCUGGUCUGGCUCCCAAGAAGGAAGAUAUGAUUCCUCCUGAAGUAUCGGAAACUAGUGAACAUCCAGCUGUAACAGAAGAGUACAACAUGGAAGAGGGAACUCCUGUAAUUCCGGAACGUGGUCCACCAGGUAUCUCGAUUACGGAACGUGUACCAGAGAGCAAGGCAGAAGAUAAGGAUGCAGUAACCGAAAUUUACGUUACGGAAGGUUAUGUUGACAUGAAGCCACCAGAAUUCCAUAUACCAAGCAGCCUCGUAACUGAGGCACCUGAGCAGAAAGGUUCGUCCAUGUAUGUACCUACAAUUCACGAAACAACAAUUGCUCCUAAACAAGAAGCUGUUCCUAUAGAAGAAGGAACUACGGUGGAAGCGCAAUUGCCCGAAGAAGCGCCUUCGUCCACUUCGAUUGCACCAGAAAAGGCUACAGAAGGUGUUCCUCCGGUUACGGAAGCUGGUGAGGUUCCGGGUGAAGAGAAAGAGGUAACAGAAGCUGCUGCGAAGGGCACUGAACCUAGCCCUGCAACAGAGAUUUCAACAUCAGCCCCGGAAAUUCCAGAGAAAGUACCACAAGAAACUGAACAACCUAGUUUGCCAGAGGAACAGAGUACGGAGACAUUGUCUUCCGAAGUUUCCCCGACAAAAGAGUCUUCUGAAGAACAAGAGUUACCGACAAAGGGACUUACUAUCGAAGAAUCUGGAGAAACCUCUUCCGAAGAAGUGAACGAUUCAAGCGAAGAAAUUACUGCUUCCAAAGUGAAACCGGCUGAAGAAGCCGAAAAGACACCUCAAGAACACGUAUUUGAAGUAUCGGUUCCAAUUCCAACUAGGGUACCUAUAACAGAAGAAUAUCCAACUGAGCAACCAGCCAUCGAAGAGCAAACCGAAGAAACUGUGAAAAUAAGUACAAAAGGUGCGCCAAUGACACCUACAGAAGUCAACGCAGUUCCGGAGGAGAAACCUGCUACAGAACAAGGAGAACAAGGUACUGUUGCGCCGGAAGAAGCUUUGCCAAGCGAAAAGCCUGGUAUAAUUUCGGAAGCUCCUGAAGAACAGGCUACUGAGAAACCAAUUACUGAAGAGGAAGCUCCAGUCACUAAGGAAGCUAAGGACGAAACAAUAAGUAUAACACAAAUACCCCCCGGCGAAGGUGAGCGACCUGAAGCAAGUGAGAAACCUGUCGUUGAAGAAAUGACAAAAGAAACAACGAUUUCAGAACUCGGAGGUUCACCAGUAACACAAGAAACGACGGAGGCUGAGGAACCAACGGAAGGUACUCCAACAGUUACAGGUCACCCAACAAUGGAGCCAGAAGAACAGAAACCAGAAGUUUCAGAGGCUAGUGAACAGCCAGCUCUUGAACAAACUGAAGCACCGAUAACCAAAGAAAUAUCGUCUGAAGAAGUAGUGCAAGAAGAACAAAAAACGGAGGAGCCAACGAAGGAAGAGGGUCAAACUGAAGGACCAGUGACUUCAUCUCCAUCGACAGAGGAAUCAAUGACUGAAGGAUUAGUAAAGGAAGGAACACAAAUUCCUAUAGAGGCGUAUCAGCCAACUAAACCUCCUAUUAGUGAACGUAAAGAAGAUGAAUUGGGUGCAGAAAAGCUGCCUGAGGUGGAAAAAGGCGUUCAGAAGCCAUCUCUUGAAGAAGAGAAGCCAACUGAAAAGCCUGUAGAAGAAGAAGAAACUGCCAUGCCAGGAGAAGCUCAAAUAACUGGAAAACCCCUUGAAGAUCAUAAACCUGUUGAUAAACAACCAAUCGAGGGACCCGCCGAAGGAGAACAACCUGCGGAAGAAGAGAAACCAACUGAAGAAUCUGUUGAACAAAAACCUGAAGAAGAAGAGAAGGCAAGUGAAAAACCAGAGGAAGAAGGAAAGACAGUGGAAGAAGAGAAACCAACAGAAAGUCCUAUUGAGGAGGAGAAACCAACUGAAGAACCUGCUGUAGAGAAAAAACCAACUGAAGAGCCUGUUGCAGAAGAGAAACCAACCGAAGGUCCUAUUUCAGAGGAAAAAUCGACUGAAGGACCGGCUGCAGAGGAGAAACCAACUGAAGGCCCUGUUGCAGAGGAAAAACCAACUGAAGGAACUGUUGUCGAGGAGAAACCAACUGAAGGUCCUCUUGCAGAGGAAAUACCAACUGAAGGGGCUGUUGUUGAGGAGAAACCAAGUGAAGGUCCUGUUCUAGAGGAAAAACCAACCGAAGAGACUGUUGCAGAGGAAAAACCAACCGAAGAGCCUGUUGCAGAAGAAAAACCAACUGAAGAGCCUGUUGCAGAGGAGAAACCAUCUGAAGGGCCUGUUGCAGAGGAGAAACCAACUGAAGAACCUGUUGUAGAGGAAAAACCAACUGAAGGACUUGCUCUAGAGGAAAAACCAACUGAAGGACCUGUUGCAGAGGAGAAACCAACUGAAGGACCUGUUGUAGAAGAGAAACCAACUGAAGGACCUGUUGCAGAAGAGAAACCAACUGAAGGACCUAUUGUAGAGGAAAAACCAACCGAAGGUCCUAUUGGAGAGGAAAAGCCAACCGAAGAACCUGUUGCAGAACAGAAACCAACUGAAGAACCUGCUGGAGAGGAAAAACCAACUGAAGGGGCUGUUGCAGAGGAAAAACCAGCCGAAGGGUCUAUUGCAGAAGAAAAACCAACUGAGGAACCUGUUGCAGAAGAGAGAACGACUGAAGGACCUGUUGCAGAGGAGAAACCAACUGAAGCAGCUGCUGGAGAGGAAAAACCAACUGAAGGACCUGUUGCAGAGGAGAAACCAACUGAAAGAUCUGUUAUAGAGGAGAAACCAACUGAAGGUCCUGGUGUGGAGGAAAAACCAACUGAAGGUCCUGUUGUAGAGGAAAUACCAACUGAAGGAGCUGUUGCAGAGGAAAAACCAGCCGAAGGGUCUAUUGCAGAAGAAAAACCAACUGAGGAACCUGUUGCAGAAGAGAGAACGACUGAAGGACCUGUUGCACAGGAGAAACCAACUGAAGCAGCUGCUGGAGAGGAAAAACCAACUGAAGGACCUGUUGCAGAGGAGAAACCAACUGAAGGACCUGCUGAGGAGGAAAAACCAACUGAAGGGCCUGUUGCAGAAGAGAAAGCAACCGAAGGGCCUGUUGCAGAGGAAGAACCAACUCAAGGAUCUGUUGCAGAGAAGAAACCAACCGAGGGGCCUGUUGAAGAGGAGAAACUAACUGAAGAACCUGCUGCAGAAGAGAAACCAACUGAAGGACCUGUUGCAGAGGAGAAACCAUCUGAAGGGCCUAUUGCAGAGGAGAAACCAACUGAACGGCCUGUUGCAGAGGAGAAACCAACUGAAGGACCUGUUGUAGAGGAGAAACCAACUGAAGGACUUACUCUAGAGGAAAAACCAACUGAAGGGCCUGUUGCAGAGGAAAAACCAACCGAAGGGCCUAUUACAGAGGAAAAACCAACUGAAGAACCUGGUGUAGAGGAAAAGCCAACUGAAGGACCUGUUGCAGAGGAGAAACCAACUGAAGGACCUGUUGCAGAGGAAAAACCAACUGAAGGACCUGGUGUAGAAGUAAAACCAACUGAAGAAGCUGCUGGAGAGGAAAAACCAACUGAAGGACCUGUUGCGGAGGAGAAACCAACUGAAGGGCCUAUUGGAGCGGAAAAGUCAACCGAAGAACCUGUUGCAGAACAGAAAUCAACUGAAGGACCUGUUGUAGGGGAAAAAACAACUGAAGGACCUGUUGUGGAGGAAAUGCCAACUGAAGAACCUGUUGCAGAGGAAAAACCAACUGAAGGACCUGUUGUAGAGGAGAAACCAACUGAAGAACAUGUCUUAGAAGAAAAACCAACUGAAGGACCUGGUAUAGAAGAGAAACCAAUUGAAGAGCCUGCUGUAGAGGAAAAACCUACCGAAGGGCCUAUUGCAGAAGAAAAACCAACCGAAGUGCCUAUUGCAGAGGAAAAACCAACCGAAGGGCCUAUCGCACAGGAGAAACCAACUGAAGAACCUGGUGUAGAGGAGAAACCAACUGAAGGACCUGUUGCAGAAGAGAAACCAACUGAAGGACCUGUUGUAGAGGAAAAACCAACCGAAGGGCCUAUUGGAGAGGAAAAGCCAACCGAAGAACCUGUUGCAGAACAGAAACCAACUGAAGGACCUGUUGUAGUGGAAAAAGAAACCGAAGGACCUGUUGCAGAGGAAAAACCAACCGAAGGGCCUGCUGUAGAGGAAAAGGCAACUGAAGGGCCUGUUGCAGAGGAAAAAGCAACUGAAGGACCUGCUGUAGAGGAAAAACCAAUUGAAGGACCUGUUGCAGAGGAGAAACCAUCUGAAGGACCUGUUGCAGAGAGACCAACUGAAGGUCCUGUUGCAGAGGAAAAUCAAACUGAAAAGACCGUAGAAGGCAAACCAAGUGAAGCCACUCCUUCUCAGGAAACUGUACCAGUAUCUGUAGAAAUUCCAACUGAAAGUCCAAUCGAAGAGAAACCUUCUGAAACUCCUGAAACAGCACCUACUGAAGUUCCUAGUGUAGAAGAAACUGCUAGCUCGUCUGCUCCGAAAGAGGUAGCUGAAGUGUUGACAGAACUUCCAGAAGAAAGUUCAGAAGCUGCCAUCACCACAGCUACGGAAGAAGUUUCGCACACCGAGGAAGCACAAACAGAGAGUAGUAUGUCACAAGAGCAAACAACAAAAGCUCCCACUAUUCACGAAGAACCUUCUACGGAACCAACUAUACAAGCUUCAGAGCAGCCUACUGAGGAAGAAAAAUUACCAGAAGGAAGCACUCAGAAACCAGAAUUACCUUCUGAAGCAUCAACAGCAACUAUUCAAAGUGAAACAACCGAGCAAGAAGCUAAAGUGCCUGAGGUUGGUAUCAUGACUGAAACUCCUGAAGUGUCAGCGGUUGAACCUGGAGCUGUUAAGACAACAGCAGCACCAACUGAAGAAACGAAAUUACCAGAAGGGGAACAAAAAGCAUCUACUCCCGAAGAAGCUCAAACUGAAACUCCAUCGAAAGAAGAGGGAACCACUCAAGGUUCUCUAAAGAAGGAAUCAGAGGGUCCUAUUACAGAAGAGAAAGUUCCAGGUGUAUCACUUGCAACACCCAAAGAAGAAGAAAUUCAGGAGACCACACCCUAUGCAGAAAUAGCGCCGAAGGCCACAACUGAACAAAUAGCCGAACAAUCCACUCUGGCUGAGAAACUUCCGGAAAAAGAACUAUCCACAGAAGUUCCUUAUAUACCACCAGCAAUUCCAGGAGAAGGCAAUUGUCUCGUCGAAGGACAAUCUUACAGCAACAACUCUAUAAUUCCUCCAGCCAACCCUUGUCAACUUCAAUGUCGUUGUAUCAGUAGCAUCAUUCAAUGCGAUCUUGUUCAAUGCCCACCGCCUCCCAAUCAUUUAUCAAACUGCAUGCCAAUUUAUACUAGCAAAGAUGCCUGCUGCCCGAUGUACACCUGUGACUCGACGCCUACAGCAGGGUUGGAGUCCGAUAAUCAUAUGAUCGAACACGAAACGCCUAAAUACGAAGAGGAACAGAAAACUGUAUCACCAACAGCUGAAGUUCCAGUGAAGGAAGGCACAACGGAAGCUAUCAAGGAACAUUCGACUAUGGCACCAGAAAUGCACAUAUCUGGUGAAGAAACGACUGAACAGACACAUACACCUGGUUUUUCCGAAGAAAAGCAAACGACACCGAAAUCUGCGGAACCUGGACACGUACAAACGACUACCGUUGGAGAAGCUGCCAAAGAACCUGAAGAACAAACCCUUAGUCCAGUAUCUCCACAGAUAGAAUCUUCUAGUCAAAUACCUCCAGGGGAAGCGAAUGAAACUUCACCAGAAGUAUUAAGCACUCCUAUGAAAACCCCAGAGGAACAGGUAACCAAGAUUCCAUCUACGGAACAGCCGAUCGAAGGGCAGGCUCCUGAAGAGCAACCUUCAAGUACUGCUGUGAGUGGGGAACAGACAGUUGUAACCACAGAAGGAAUCCAAGAAGAACAAACUUCUGUUGGAAUUGAAAAGGAAGCUUCUACCACAAUAAGACCAACGGCUGAACAACCAUCUAUUCCAUCUGCUGAAGAAGGAGAAAAAUCUGUAGAAGGCGAAGAACAAAUAACUGUUUCACCUGCAGUUUCAGAAGAAGGUAUAACAAAGGAACCUGAACUUCCAAGCUCUUCCAUAUUGCCAGAGGUUGCAGUGACGGAAGGUCAACCUUCAGUGAAUGUUGAAACCCAAGGACCACUAGAAGAAGGCUCUAUUGUGGGCCCAGAAUCGGUAACACAACCCGAAGAAGAAGGAGUAAAGGAAACUAAGCCAGCUGAAGAGGAAAAACCUGCUCAACCUGAACAAUCUACUACAGAAGGUGGAUUACAGACAGUCCAACCUGGUGAAGCAGAAUCUGAAAAAACAUCCAUACCACCAGUUGAAGUGUCUACUUCACAAGAAGGUGUAACAGCAGGCGAAGAACAUGAAGUGACUCAUGUGGAACAAGGAACUGUUAAACCAACUGAAGGUGAAACACCCGUAACGGCAGAAAUGGAAAUGACUGCACAUAGUGUGACUAAAGAAGGACCAAGUAGCACAGAAGCACUAGAAGUAGGAAUAACCACGCCGUCAAUCAUAGGUGCAGAAACUACAAAGGAACCAGAAACUGUUUCAGAAACUACUCCGGAAGAAGAACAUGCCGUCCCUGAAAGAACUGAACAACCUUUGAUACCUACUACUUUAGCAGAAGACGGAAUUAAGGAAACCGCAGUUAAGAUGACUACGAUAACACCCGAAGAACAACCUGCGAAGGUACCCGAAGAACAGUUACCAAGUUCUACCGAAGCUGCUGAGGCAAGCACUGAGCAACCCUCAACAUCUACUAAAACGGAGGAAACGGCAGAAAAAGAAGAAGUCACUGAAGAACAACUAAAUAUCGUUAAAAUGAAACCUGAACAGGAAACUACACCACCACCUGAGGAGCAACAACCUGAAGUAAUACCAACAGUGAAAGGAACAACAGAAUCUGUUUCACCUGUUGCAGAGGAAACUACACCAUCGUCUGAAGCUACGCGAUCUCCUGUAUCUCAGGAAACUAUUACAGAAGCAACACCUGAAAUUAGUACAGUGAGAACAGCUCCUGAACUGACUUCUCCUCAAACACCAACCGAACAACCUUCAAUGGAGAAGGAAACUGAGGCACCUGCUACUGAAGAAGUGGCUACAGAAGGAAUUAAGGAACAUCCUAUUGAACCAGAGGAGCAACCGGAUACUGAGAAAACAAAUAUAGCUCCCGUUGAAGAUAAAGUGCCUGAAAUUACAGCACCAACUGAAAUUCCAGAAGAGGUAACAAAGAAAGAAGAGCAGGUGACAGAAUCUGUGGUACCAUCUGAGGAAACUACAAUGCCAGUUGUAACUGUGGGAGAACAGAAACCUGAAGAGGGAACUGAGGAACCAAUUGUAACAGAAGGUGUGGCAGUUGCAGAGACGACCAAAAUGCCUGAUAUGAUAGAUGAAGGAAUUACAGCUACCAGAAAAGAACAACCUAGUGCAACACUACCUCCAGUUGUGGAAAUCAGUUCCACAGUAGCACCAGAAGAAAUUCCAAUUUCGCCAGAACAGACAACGGAAAGGCAGAAACCUUCAACAGAGGAUGAAGGUGUAACAGAAGAGAAGGCUACGACUAUGCCAAGUGAAAUGGGUUCAACUCCUGAAGAACAACCUUCUGUGACGGAAGAAAAACCGGAAGAAGAAAUGACGCAGAAGACUGAAGUACCAUCUGUAGAAGAAGCAACAGGCAAACCAGUGGAAGAGGCAGCAACGAGCAAACCAGUCGAAGAAGCAGCAACAAGCAAACCAGUCGAAGAAGCAGCAACAGGCAAACCAGUCGAAGAAGAAGCAACAGGCAAACCAGCGGAAGAAGUAGCAACGGGAAAACCAAUGGAAGAAGAACAGACGCCGGUUGAAGAGCAAACAACUCCAGUAGAGGAAAGCGUAAAGGUAACUGAAGCUGUUUCUAAGGCACCUGCCGAGGCUAGUUCUACUGAAAUACCAGUGAAGAUAGCGACUGAAGAAGCAACAGAACAAGGACCAUCUGAGAUACCAGAGAAAGCACUUCCUACCGAAGGACCAAUACAAGCUACUGAAAGUCCGCAAGUUCCUCUUCAAGCACAUGAGGAAGAACAUUCAACCGAAGCUCCCGAAAACGUAACUCCUGCAGGAGAGAUCCCAACGCCAGAAGUUCCAGAGAAAGAGAUUCCAACUGCAGCACCAGAAGAAGCAAUUACUACGGAGGCAGUAGAGAAGGAACUUCCUAGUGAAGUUCCAGAGGAAGCUCAACCUACCAAAGCACCAGAAGAAGUUCUUCCAGAAAAGGAGAAACCGACCGAGACAACAGGAAGUGCUCUUCCUGAAGAAGAGAAGCCUGGCGAGGUAACUGAAAAGACUCUUUUUGAAGAAAAGAAACCCGCUGAAGUAACUGAGGAGAUUCCUGAAGAAGGAAAGCCAGUCGAAGCCGAACAGCAAACAAUUGAACCCGAAAAAGAAGUUCCUCAAACUACUGAAAGUAUUUCAUUCAAAGAGCAAUUCCCUGAAUUAUCACAAUCAACUACACCAGUAGCUGAAGCCGAAGCAACGUCUCCUCAAGAAGGAGAAGUUCCAGUGUCUCCAGUUGAAGCUACGGAAGCUACAACAAAGGAAGCUGAACCAAGUCAACCUUCAGAGGGAACACAGCCUGCCGUAACGGAAGGACUGCCUGCGGUAACAGAAGCACAAUCUGCCGUAACAGAAGCUCAACCUGCGGUAACAGAAGCACAACCUGCUGUAACGGAAGCACAACCUGCUGUAACGGAAACACAACCUGCUGUAACGGAAGCACAGCCUGCGGUAACAGAAGCACAGCCUGCGGUAACAGAAGCACAGUCUGCUGUAACAGAAGCACAGCCUGCUGUAACAGAAGCACAGCCUGCUGUAACAGAAACACAGCCUGCUGUAACAGAAGCACAACCAGCAGUAACGGAAACACAGCCUGGCAUUCCAGAAGCGCAACCUUCUACCAAACCAGUAAUCGAAACUUCAACACAAGGUGCAGAAGAACACCCAGGAACUGAAAAGACUCCUGAGGAAGAGCAAGCAGUUUCAGUAUCAACGGAACAGCCUCAAGAAAAGAGUACAAUUGAACCAGCGCUUCCUGAAGAGCACAAAGAAGGAGAAACUCACGAGCUGCCAACAGAACCAUCGGUUGAAUCAGCCGAGGAAGAAGAAGAAGAGGUAGAAGAAGCUGCAUUGCCGGAAGCACCUUCGACAACCGAGAAAGAAGAGCCAUCUGAAGGUCAACUGCCAAGUGGAUUUGGCGAGCAUCUUCCACCAGUGAAUCACACAUUUGAAACCACUGAACGACCUAUACAACCAAGUCUAUACGAACGACCUACGAGUACUCUAGCUCCGCAAGUUCCUGAAUAUCCUGAUCAAUCGGUAACUGGAGAAGACAAUCCACACUUCCCUCCACAUGGUGGCAGUUACUUGAGUCCCGACGAAGAUUACGACGAAGAUGAUCAAGCUAUUUACGGACCAGGAACUUGCCGAUAUGGCGGAAAAGUUUAUGUAUCGGCGCAACAAAUUCCAAGAGAUGAUCCAUGCGACUUCUGCUUCUGCUUCAGAAGCGACAUCAUUUGUUUGCAACAAAGCUGUCCACCGCCGAUCCCAGGUUGUCACGAGGAACCGAUCAGUGGAUUCUGUUGUCCAAGAUACGAGUGUCCUGUGUCAAUGGCCACGUCGCUUAAUAUCACCACGACGACGACCACGACGACAACCACGUUGCCGCCACACUUCCACGCUCAUGCAUAUAAGGGAGCUGCGAAACGAAGCGGCUGUCAAAUUCGCGGACAAGCGUAUCGUGUUGGAGAAGUUAUUAGGUCCGCGUCAGGACCUUGCCUUCAGUGCACUUGCGGUGGUGAUGGCAACAUGAAAUGUGAUCCACGAGUGUGUAGUCCGGAGCCGAUGUUGAGGCAAAUGAUCGCAGCAGCUACGGCCAGAAGGAGGAGAUGAGCCGACCAACACGAUCCCGGGGAUCCGUCGAACAAACAUACGCACAAGGAAGUCUAGAGCAGGAUCAGUGUUGUAUAAAAGUGAAUUAAAAAUAUUCUAAACUAUCUAAAUAUCGCGGAAACACAGACUGUAAUGUGCUUCGGCGAUCACGAACUGAGUGGCCAAAACCGUAAACGUUUAUAUUAUAAUAUUAUAUUAUGUUAUAUAAAGAGAAAAAAAAAGAGAGGAAGAAUGAGAUAGAGAUAGGAAUAGAGAACGAGAGAGAGAGUGAGAGAGAGCGCGAGAGAGGGAGAGAUCGAUGAGCACGUGUAAUGGAAGGGACUAAAGGAACAAAAAAGAAAGAAACGAAGAAUUUAGCUAUGUAAAACAAGGCUCGUUUUUAGUGCCAAACGUGAAACAGAAACAAGCAAACCAGUGGAACGAAAAGGGAUAUUAGUGGAGAAAUAUUUCGUGAUAGUUCCAUGUCUUACGCCAUUAUCUUUUUUCUUUUUUUUUUUACACGUAAAAACGAUGGUUAUAAAGGAAGAGAAAAAGCGAUUAAUGAAAAAAAAGUUGCUGAACGUACGAGACUUAUGACUGUGCCUUCGUCAGUGCCGACAACAGCGGCACUAAACUUUCGUUCCGUGACAGCCAAACACGGCGCUAAUUUUAGCCACGAUCAUCGUCGUUGAAGCUUAAUAUUCUCAAGGAAUCGUCGUUAGGAAUUAAAUGUGGUGAUGGGAUACAAACGAUAAAUGCGUUUCAGUCGAACGCGACCAAAAAAAGAAAUAAAUAGAUAAAAAAGCGAAGAAAAUAUACGAACCUUGGUACAUACGAAACGAUUUCCUAUACAGUGACAUUGUAACAGCAAUAUCAGAGAUUGUACGAGGGAUAACCACGAGAUCCUUUUCUUAGCAUAAAGCCUUGUUGAUUUCCCGCGUACGAUCGAAUGCGUGAGAAUUCGAUUCACGCGAUAAGAAAUGUAAGCGCCACGUAGCAGAUUGCUCUUGUAAUACCACUGUAGAAACUUGAACAACGAUGAUCCAAGGCAAUCUGCCGUACGAUCGCGAUAGAUCAAAAUCGUUUCAUGGCUGACACGCGUCGUGCGCUAACGAUCAGUCCACAUCUACUCACGUCUGCUGACGUUCACGCGUGUUCGAAUGCGAUCGAUAAGAUACUAGAAAUAUCAACGCCGCAGAUCCAUGACAAACUUCCCAGUCAAUAAUUUCUUCCAACUAUUUUUUACGCAACAACAUUCCUCUAUAGAAUUUUUAUAAUAUCCUUCGUCUUCCUAUAAAUCACGAACGCGAUAAUACACCGAAUGUAUAGAGUUGGUGGAAAAGACGUAUUAAAAUUAUAAGAACUACUAAGCAUUAAAAUUUAAACGCACCAUGUCAAGUGAAAAUUAUUUCUUGCGAUAUAUUUGAAAAAGUUUCUACAAUAUGCAUAUAAUUUAGAAUGUAGAUUCCAGACAUACAUAACUUGUUAUUCUUUUGAUACAUAAAUUUGAAAUAUCAUUUUAUAAUGUUUAGAGUUUGAGAUUCAAGGCGACGUCAGUCGUCGUUUAAUAUGUCGAUUCCACCAAUUGCACAUACGAGUAAAUUCCUUUCUUUAUCGCGAUAGAUCCGUGUAAUAAGCUAAGAUCGUAUUCAAGCACGCGCGCUUGUAUGUGUGCGUGCGUCUGUGUGCAUGGUACAUUUAUAUGUUUUAAAGAUAAAAUGAAAAGAAAGAAAAAGCCACAAAGACAAGACGAAAGGUACGCGUAUCUCAAAGCUCAAACAGCGGCUCGCGCGGAGGACCGAACGCGAAUUCGCUUCUCCGGCGAGCUGGCGUCAUUAUACAUAUAUAUAUAAAUAUAUAUAUAAAUAUAAAUAUAUACAUUUAUACGAUUCUUUAUACACACUGUACCCCCUAAAAUAAUAACACUUAACGAUGUUCUAUACGUUUGUAUGAAAGCAUAUUAAUUAUAUCUAUACGAUGAUCGUUCUUCGUUCUCUAGUCUCAAAGUGUCGCGGGGAUUGUGGUUCUACGAUAUAACGUGUCCACCACUUCACUCCUGCGAUUUAUCCGUAAACAGUCAAUUAGAAUUUGAUACCCAUUUUACUAAGCCAUACCGCGUGGAAAACACCCGAGGAACAAGCGGAAAGUGUUCGUUCACGUAUACAAGGAGUCGAAUGUGGAACACAUUGUCAGAAACGCUUUGAGACUCCGGAACUUGGGGCCGUUUAGGUGUAAUAAAACGAACGCUAUUAUUAUCGCAGAAAGUACCGCGCAAGAUAGCUGUCCCUGUAAUUUAUAAUACAAACGAUAGACCACACGUAUUAAAGUUCUGUCUUCCUGAAAAAAUUCUGUCUUCAAGCGAAUCCCGUCGAAUGCUUUUCUGUAUAUGCGUUCGUUAAUUUAGCUCGUAAUUUUCGCGGACAAACAAUCGAACGUGAAACAUUCGCGAGUAAACGCGGUCUGAAAAACACGAGUAUGAAUAGGGAAGAAAUUUCUGCCGGAAGGAAUUAGGAGAACGUAGUGUAACCAUAGUGCUUCCAAUGGCAACUCGAUCGUGAUAUAAAUGGCCAUAUUAUUACUGUCACUGUCUCGAAGAUUAUCUUUACAUACGUAAACACAUCCGAUAAUAAAGUUAAAAUACAUAGAAUUCACGAAAACCUUCUUUAUAUCUAAACUGUCUAUACGUUGAUUUAGUCCAAAGACCAAUAUUUAAGGAGCAUUUAAAAUAAAGUAGAAUCUUUGUACAUGAACCAAUGCAUGACUAAUUAGAUUAAACAUUCAAAAUGAACGAUUUGGUUGGUGAUCUAGAAUCUAGGUUAGUCGAUUGACACGUUCAAUGCAUAUCUGAAUUGACCUACCUUUACAGUAUAUACAUAAGGGGAUUGUACGUUUUUUAAGAUAUUUUCCUAAUAAUUCAUAUCAAGCAAAUACUUGAAUUUUACGAUAUAGAAAUAGAUUUUCUAAAAUAAUUAUUUGUGUAUGAUAAUGACAUGAAAAAAGAAAUCAUGUUAAAAGUCUCAAAAUUUGGAAAAAAGCUUUUGGGAUAGUCUCGUGAAGAACGCAUGCGUAAAGUUUUAUGAUGCCGAAAUAGGACUCAAAUGAAAAUGAUUCAUUAGCAUAUGGCAUUACAGGUAGUGGAAAUCGAAUCAACAAUGAACGUAUUAAUGAUAUAUUUUUUAUAAUUAAAACACGGUCGGGUGGCCACCUUGCGCUAUCUAUUCGAGGAAUGAAAGUUUUUAUUGCUAUUCAUAAAUGCAGUCCAUUAGGAAAGUACGAUAACACAAUAUCUUUCUAUAAAAACGUUGAAGCUAACAGAGCUCGACAAUCUUCAAAUAUAAUUUCCCCUGCGAUUAAACGUGAACACGUUUCUCGCGUACGAACCAAUCAUAAUUUCAGUACUUACGCGCAAUCGAAUCGGCUCUUUUUUAUUAAACUAAAAUUUUAGUAAUUAGUCGAGCCUAGUAUUUAUCUUAAUAUCCACUCAUAGUGAUAGUAUAUUAUACGGGCUAAGAUGCAACAAGGUCGUAAUUUGAAUCGUCGAAUAGUUUUAUCGACUAAUGUUUUAGGACUGUAAGUAGAACCACAUAGAACCCUAUACUAAAUUCAAAAUUACACAAUAAAAACAAAUGACGAACUAUGACUAAUCUAUUUCAUUUAUUAAGUAGAAAAUUAAAUAACUUUUUAAUAAUUAGAAAUUAGAUCAUUAUUAAUCAUCAUCUAAUAUUAUUAAAUAAAAAGCUAAAAAUAUAAAUUAGUACUUUAAUAUAUUGAAAAACAGAAAGAGGGAUUUUAAUAUAUGUAAAUAUAAAUUUUUAUUCCAUGUAUUACAUACAUAUACAUACAUGGCCAUGACAAUUGGUCCUUAUGUGGUCGUAUUUCUAUCAAUUCCUUCGUCUCAGCACCAUGAUUACUGACUAAUGAGUACUGUCGACUACUAACAAGUUUUACAAUCUCGUUAUAUCGUGGCUCGUACUAUACCGAAGGUAAAACGAGUAUCGAGUUUUUACAACGGUACGUUUAUAUGAUAUAGAUGUGUAACUGUAACGUAAGAUAUAUUAAUUAUGGUGAACACAUAGGAUGCAUGUAAUUAACAUCUGCGUGCUCAGCGUUGGUAAAAAUCUUCCCCGUCGUGUCACAAUUGAUCAAUCCGUCGCGGCUGACGAACGUGUUCUUUGACAACGCAAACGAGCCACGCACCUUUAUACAUAUUAUAUAUAUAAAUAUAGAUAUAUAUAAAUAUAAAUACAUGAUAUUUAUACACAGAAUGACCAAUUUUUAUCUGGUGCCAAUAGUCUUCUAGCGCGAACGUUUACCGCGUCGCAAUAGUUCUUCAAUUAUAGAAAUCGAUUUUCAAUGGAAGCCGAAUUGUAGAUUAGAAUUGAUCAUGCUGUGAAUAGCGAGACGAAUAUUAACUAUGCACAGUACGCGAAUAUACUCAAAAUGCUCGUGAUAAAUUUCUCGGAUAGUUCUUCUUUCUGUCUUCUCUUCUUUCAUUUCGUUCGUUCAUUUAGUUUUCCUCCUCCACCCUUUAUUUGUUUCAUUUUUGUAAUCAAUUACGAAGAACCACGAUGACAGUUAUCCCCAUUAUUAUCAGCAUAAUUAUCAGUUAUUCGCCACGUGUAAUAAUAUGUAAUACAUAAAGAAACGAGCGAGCCGAGGGUAUCUCGGUGGUUCUGACUGUAUGGAAGUAGGUUAGAUUUGACAGUACGUGCUAGUAUAAAGUGUCCUUUUAUAUAGAAUAAACGAUUUUGUAUGUCUAAUUUCGAUCUACUCUCUGAUUCUCACUACCUUCCCUUACAAGGGGAUAUUAAUGGCUCGAGUUAAGAAAUAUUUGAAUAAAACAUUAUUCAAAAAUAGUACAACAUAAUUGGUUGCAUGCAGUAAUUAUUAAAAAAUUUUCUGAUUUAUUUCACAUACAUGGUUAAUGGUUUUGCUAAAAAUAAAUAGCCAGGAAAUAGCA